UUCAGACACAGAAGCUGUUAUGACAUUCUUCCUCAGUAUUCCAGUGUAUGGCAUCUUUGUCGUAGAAGUAAAUGUUUCAAAUGCUAUGAAUUCUGUGACUUUGAAUGUCCCAGUUCAGAUUGGACAAGAAAUCCAAGGGUUCUAUGCUAAAGUACCGUUUCCAGUGCAUGCAACUGGUGACAACAUCAGCGUUGAGUUUGGCUUCACAGCUGGCAGUGAAGUUGUCUUUGAAGUGGAUUUUGGAGAGACACACCAAUUCAAUUUUGAGACAAAUUCAGUUGCAAAUAAAACCAUUUAUCACCAGUAUAACAGUCCUGGUGACUUCACUAUCACCGUGAGAGCUCAUGGUGCCCUUGGGGACAAAGUCAGACAGUUCCCUGUGAGAAUCCUCAAUGCAAUCAACGGCUUGAGAAUGGAAACCUCUAGCACAAGUUUGGAAACAGGGAAACCAGUUCUUUUCACUUUCUACUUAGUGAAAGAAACAGCAAUACCACAAAUAGUUCACUGUGACAUCAACUACGGUGAUAGUAGUAAAACUGAUUCAUGGGAUGGUGUUUUAUCUGAUGACAAUAUUACCCUCGAGCAUAUUUACGUUACCCCUGGAUCUCGGCAAAUCCAGGCAAACUGUUCAAAUGAGGUGAGUCAAGUUAUGCUAUCAGUCAAUGUAACACUUUAUAUACCUCAGACUGGAUGCUUCAUCAGUGUUGAUCCAAUGAUGACCACAACCAACACCACGGUACACUAUGUUGCAUCAGUUAGUAACGGGUCGGAUGUCAAUGUCCUAAUCCAUUUUGGCGACGGGACAAACAUGUCAGCAUACUCUGACUCAACUGGUUAUGUGGUGUUUGAGCACAUCUACCAUCUGGCAGGUUCUUAUGCGGUUCAAAUGAAAGCUUCCAAUCCUGUCAGUGACUGUCUAGCAUAUAACACAAUUGUCAUUCAGAUUCCAAUCCAUACAGACAGCUACAAUCUCAGCAUCACCCCAAGUCUAGUUGACAUCUCAAACCAGACAACAGUGUUCACUAUCAGCUUAAUGGAUGAUGAGAUACCAACAAAUGUUACAGCGUACUGGACCUUUGGCGAUGGAAACUCAUCCACACAGUUCCUAUAUUCUGGAGUAAAAUGGAGCAUUUCACACAUCUUUGAAGAAACUGGGGAGUAUGAGGUCUUGGUGCAUCUUUCCAACAUGAUCAGUGAGCUUAACUUCAACAGCACAGUGGUUGUUAUGGAGCACAUUGAUGCACUUGAGUUUAAUAUCAGCAACGCAGCUGCAGUUGGUGACAAUCUCACCCUCUCACUUCUGGCAACAUCAGGGAGUUCAAUAUUUUAUUACAUAGACUUUGGGGAUGGGACAGCAGACAUGUUGUUUCAGGACAAGCCAGAAAUUCUACAUCUCGGCCAUUCUUAUGAUCAAGUUGGAUGGUACAUCCUAACAAUAACGGCUGAGAAUGGCCUUGGUGGAGUUAUACACAACCGCACCAAGAUCAGAGUGGUGUAUCCCGUGCAGGGGCUGAACUUUGAAGCAAGCUCAGCGGUGAUCUACAGUCCAGGAAACAUCACGUUCAGUUUGACUAUAGACGAAGUAGUGCCACCGCCCACUGUCAUGGACUGUGAGUGGCGAAGACAGCCCGCUGGUCAAGCUAGCCUUGGCGAUGACAUAUUGCUGAGGGAGAGGAAUGUUAGCAUUGGUACUGGUGAGAGUCUCAACGUGACCCAUCACUUCCCUGGUGGUCAGUUCACCGUCAUCCUGCACUGCAGGAACAUUCUGGGAGGUGUCACUCUGAAGGAAGAGGUCACCAUUUAUGAGGGCAUUUCUGAGUUAAAAAUGUCAUCUGAUAGUCUGAUUGCCGAGGUUGGAUCUCAAGUUCAGAUUACUGUCACCACUUCACAAGGCUCGCUGCUGAAUUAUGCUGUGAAAUAUGGCGAUGGCACCACAGAUAACAGAUUGGUUGUCAUGUCAAGAUCCACAAAGAUUCAAGAAUUCCUCCAUGUGUAUGCCAGACCUGGACUGUACAUUCCAUCUGUACAUGUUGUAAAUUUCUUAGGGGAGUCUAGUGCCAAUCUCAAUGCAAGUGUCGAUGUUCUUCCUAGCACUCGGGGAUUCCAGCUUCUGGCAAACAGCCCAACAUUUCCAAAUACUCUGGUGGUGUUUACUCUUGUAGCGAUUCAAGGCACUACCCCUCCAUCAAUGAUACAACUGAUCUGGAACUUUGGCGAUGGGAGCAUUGACUUUGAGUCUGUAGAAUUCAACACAACCCAAGGCAUAAACCGUACUCACUUGUACAACAGUUCAGGAAUGUACCACGCAGAGGUGACUGUGACCAACAAACUGGACUCACACAUAUUUGGGACCGCAGUCACCAUUAUCCCAAAAGUUGAACCCAUAAAAGUUAGAUUUGACUACAAAAACAAGGAUGGCAUUUGGACAGUUGGUUUAGGACAUAAUUUUAAUUGGUUUCCAACUGAUACAGACGUCAGAAUGAUUGCUAACACAACAUCAAACGACGCGUCUAUCAUCUGGGAAUUUGAUAAUGGGGAAACAGCUUUGCUUCAAAUUGUAUAUAAACGAUACAAAAACCCAGGGGUAUACACUGCUACAUUAAGAGUUACGGACAGCAUGGGCAAGCUUGAAGAAUUCCACUUCAUUUUCUACAUCGCUAAGCCCUUCAUCUUGUUAUCAAUCCAGGCUGUUGAUGCAACAGGACUGCCAUCUUUGAAGUCUGGCAAUCAAGUAGACUUCACACUGAUUGGGGAUGAUUUACAGGGACCUGUUUGCAUAUCAUGGAAUGUUGGAGAUCAGACUCAACAGUAUGUAUAUGGGCCGAGUUCUUGUCGAAUGCCAGUGCAUGAUGAUGUAAUAUUUGACCAAGCCAAUCGAAGAGUCGGUCUGCACAUCUCGCAUACGUUCACAUCCCCAGGUAACUAUCAUGUGUAUGUGUCGGCAUCUAACUUCUUCACUACGGCAUCUAUAUCUACGAUAAUCACAGUCACAGGAUGUAAGAGUCCACCACAGGUUUCUAUCAGAGGUCCAGGUGAGACGGUGGAUGCACCACGAUCUUAUAGGACUUCAGAAGCAAUCUUCCUUGACUUGGUCACCACGUUUGAUUGCAUUGGUGCCAUUUCGAUAACUUUCAACUGGGAAGUCAACAAACUCAUCGCCGAUGAUGUCCAGAACAUAACUCAGAAAGUGGGAUACACUGUGCCAUUUUUGAACAGACCACAGUUGGAGCUACCAGCGGGUUCGCUUGAAGUUGGCCUCUACGAGGUAAGCAUAAAUGUCACCGUUGAGAGGUUUGACAAUGCAACUGGGUCUGACAAGGUUUUCAUUAGAAUUGAACAUUCUCCCCUGGUUUUGAGUCUAGAGGGCGGAAGCAGCAGAUCAGUGGGUAACAUUGCACCAUUGGUUCUGGAUGCAAUGACAUCAUCAUAUGACCCUGACAACACAGCAGGAAAUUCUUCUGAUUGGUCAUUUAAAUGGUCAUGUCGGAAAAUAUCGGAUGACCACAAAAACAAUUCCAUAACAACAAAUUUGGAUGAUUACCUGUGUGACAACAGCUCAUGGGAGCAAAUGAACUUCACGAAGGCUAUCAUUCAGCUGAAUCCACUGCAACUCCGGGUCGAUGCAGUGUAUGUCUUCAAGGUUGAAACCACCAUUGGAUCAAGAUUUGCAUCCUAUCAGCAAACCAUCCAGGUCAUGCAGGGAGAACCACCAAAAGUAUCUAUCAGCUGUGUUUCAAACUGCCGUGAUAAAGUCAAUCCCACGUCUUCCUUCACCCUGCAAGGGAGCUGCAGCAACUGCGAUGCCAACAGCCAAUCGCUGUUUACAUGGACACUCUAUUCAAAACAGCAAGACAGUGAGGACUUACAGCAUGUCAGUAACCUUGGUAAUAUGACAUCAACAGGUGUGUCUAAGCAAGGUAUUGCCUUUAAUCCAAGUGAACUGGAUGCAGGAAGAGAAUACUAUCUGCGUCUUGAUGUCAAGGAUGUGUUGCUAGGCAACGGUUUCACCCAAUACUCAUUCCUCACUAACUUGCCUCCGUACAAUGGUGCAUGCCAGAUCAACCCAUCUGUUGGCUUUGCAGUCACCACAGAGUUCAGUAUCAACUGCUCUGGCUGGUUAGACGAGGGUCACGCCAUCAACCGAGACUCCAUUUCCCAACAUCUUGCUUCAGGACAAGUCCUUCAGUACCGUGUCAUGAGCAGAGCUAAGGGUCAGACCGAUUUCUCCCUCCUGACAUCCAGCGCUGAUAGUUCCACCUCAGGAAUUCUCUUUGGAGUUGGCCCAGAGGAGUUCAGCUUCCAACAUGAUGUGCAGGUUGCCGUAGUAGACGUGUAUGGUGCAGCUGCAUCUGUCAACUUGACAGUCUCUGUCAGGAAACCAGACCUAACAGCUGAUGCAAUCACAUCGCUUGUCGGCUCCAACAACAGUAGACUAUCACUCCUGGCAUCGUCUGGUGAUGUGGAGGGUGCCACCCAGCUGAUAUCCGCUGUCCUGACCGUCCUGUCCGAACCACAGGAUGAAAACUCCACAUUUACACCUGAAGAACUGAGAGAGUUACGCUCCAAUCUAAUCCUGGAGUUGAGUAAGGUUUCACUGUGGGCAAAGACAGCCAAUUCGCUGUUUCAGGCAUCGGUCGUCAUGGCAAUGAGUCUUACUGGAGGAGUGAAUGACAAUGCAUUGGUUGAGGCUGCAGCUGCGAUGGCCGGGAUGGCAUUGAGUUUGAAAGGAAUAGAUGAAGACAAUCCUGAAGUUGUCAUUGACACAGCCAAAGGACUCACCGAUGGACUAGGAAGUUUGAUUGCCCAAUCAGACAAGAUCGUUCAGACUGUCAUGGGAGCCAGUGAAGCAUCUGUGUCCACCACUACAUCACCAUCUGGAACCGGGGAACUGGUUGUCUUUGAUGUCUAUGGCGAUGACCUUUCACCUGAGGAGUUGGCCGAAGAAGCCAUGAGAAAGAAGAAGGAACGAGAAAGAAAUGAGCAAAAUGCACGAGAAGUGGCAUCAACCAUCAGCAUGCUAGCACAGGGAACGCUGGACCUGGUCUCUGACGUGGUCAUAGGUCAACGGGUCACAGGUCAACCUCCUGUCACACUGGUCACGGAUCAACUCACUCUGGAAGUCUUCAAGGACGAGCCCAUCUCAGUGGCUAACAGACAAAUCAAUACAGACGCUGGCUCCUUCAGUCUACCCAACGCCAGCUCGCUGUUUGGAUCCAGUGGGGCAAAACAGGUGGAACAGUUUAUCUUUUCCUACAACGCAAACCCCUACAGCUUUUCCAAGAGCUCAGAUAGCAUAGGUUCCAAGGGGGUGCUCGCCCUAGACUUUAAGACGGGACAAGGGGAGCUACUCUCAGUGCAGAACCUGACUGAUAUGAUCAGUAUCGCCCUUGAUGUUGACCAGAGCAAACUAACAAGUGCUGAGACCGUCAGAAUGACAUUUAUGAAUGCAUCCACAAUGCAGUAUCACAAGGUGGAAGUACAAGAGGAAAACAUCCAGCUCCGAGUGAUUUUCCGAGAAAUGACAGACAACGUGACGAAGUUUCUGGUCUAUCUAAGAAAGGGAAGCCGCCCCGACACCAGAUCGUAUGAUGCACUCAUAGAGAUACCGAGAAACCUUGGAGAAGAUGAAAUGUGGAGUGAUGUGGGACUGGUAACAGAGGCUAGACACACUGCAGUGUUUUCUGAAGAGUUACUGACUGGUGUAGGAGACUACUAUUUGGGCGUCGGCCUGGCAGACACUAGUGAUCUACACCAAGAUUCUUCAAAUGGAACAACACUCAUAGUGAACCAGACAGACGAAAUGUUUGAAGUGAACACAACCAUGGUGAUAUAUGCAGCUGGUUGCCGGUUCUGGGAUACCAACAUCACAGCAUGGAGUAGUCGAGGGUGCCAGGUUGGGUCGCAGACCUCAACCUCUUCCAUCCACUGCCUCUGCAACCAUCUCUCCUCAUUUGCCUCCUCGUUCUUUGUGCCUCCAAACACCAUUGACUUCUCCACUGUCUUCAGCAAGUUUCAGGAUCUGGGAAGCAACGUGGCUGUCUUUGCCACGGUGCUUGGAUUCUUCGGCCUGUAUCUGCUCCUGCUCAUUUGGCUGAGGAGAAAAGACAAGCAGGAUAUCGUCAAGUGGGGUGUAAGUCCCUUAGGCGACAACCACCCUAAUGACACGUACUUCUACCAAGUCACUGUGCAAACUGGCAUGGGUCCAGGCUGUGGCACGAGGUCAAAGGUCAGCAUUAUCCUCACAGGAGAGGAUGGAGACAGUGGUGUGCGCUUAUUGGACGAUGACAAAAGAAAGGUGUUUGAAAGCGGCAGCAUCUGUCACUUCUUGAUGGGUGUGGCCAGGCCCCUGGGUCCCCUCUCCUACAUUAAACUCUGGCACGACAACUCUGGACAUGGUCAACUUGCUGGCUGGUACCUGUCACAGGUUUCUAUCCUAGAUCUGCAAAACGGACAGCAAUACUUCUUUGUCUGUGAUCGCUGGCUGGCAGUAGAGAAAGAUGACGGAGCAGUAGAGCGUGUUCUUCCUGUUGCAACCCGUUCUGAUCUGACCCAGUUCAGCAAGCUCUUCUUCUCUAGCAGUCGACGUAAUCUCUUUGACGACCAUAUCUGGUUCUCGCUGUUCAGUCGGCCGACACGGAGCCCCUUCACCCGAGUCCAGCGGCUCUCCUGCUGCUUGUGUCUUCUCUACCUUAGCAUGAUCACCAGUGCAAUGUUCUAUCGCACUGAAGAGACUGUGGAGAACCCCACAGCUCUACGUCUUGGACCCUUCAUCUUCACACUUCAAGAGCUUUACAUAGGAUUCAUCAGUGCCUUGAUUGUUCUACCAGUCAACAUCCUCAUCGUCCAGAUCUUCAGAAAAUCCAAACCCAGCAAAUCUCAAAUGACCAACUCACUCCCCAAACAUCUCCAAGAGAAGCUCAACCACUUGAGAGACAGUGCCUCUGAGAGUUCAACACCGCAAAGCUCCCUUGUGGAUGUCAAAUCAUCAGACAAGAUUGAACUCGUUCCAGCGGAUGCUCCAGCAAAAAGUAAAACAAAGAUCGGGAAAGCAAAAACCAAGCCAUUCUUGUUACCUCACUGGUGUGUCUACAUUGCAUGGCUGCUCAUGAUUCUCUCCUCAUUCACCGCAGCCUUCUUCACCAUCUUAUAUAGCUUAGAAUGGGGACAGCAAAAAUCCUCUGAGUGGCUAACCUCAAUGCUGAUAUCCUUGGUCAACUCAGUGCUGGUCAUACAACCAUUCAAGGUCCUCAUCGUAGCAAUGCUCCUGUCAUUGAUCUUCAAGAAACCUGCCAAGAUGGACGUUGAGAUGGAUGCCGACUUGUCCUGUGAUCAGAAUCAGCUCCGAGAUGAUGAGGAGAUCUUGCAUCAAUCACUGUCACCAGGAAAAUUAAACUCCCCUGAGCACAGACAGCGACUCCCUCCAAGCAAAGAGGCACUAGAGGAGGCACGCCAGAAACGCAUAAAGGAAAUCAAGCUGAAUCGCACACUGAAGGAGACAGGGAUCUAUACUCUCUUUGUUGUCGUCGUCCUCUUCUUGUGUUACUCCAGCAGGGAUGGAAUGUCCUUCUACAUGUCCCAGUCACUCAGAGACAUCUUUGUGGACAACACUGGCACUAAAAACACAAGUGCUAAGGUCUCCUUCAAGAGCUUAGAGAAGAGCACACCUGAUCUGUUCUGGCAGUGGGUGGAGGAAGCCCUCAUCCCUGGUCUCUAUGGCAACACGUACUACAACGGAGUACCAAUGCAUUGGAGGCACACCAGGUUCAUUGCUGACUGGCAAGGGUACCGGGUAGGACCAGUGCGACUCAGGCAACUGAGAGUGAAGGAUGAGCCAUGUGCCCUUCAUCCAGACAUAAGCAUGCUGCAUGCAACAUGCCAUCUUGACUACUCCAGUGGCAACCAAGAAGAGAGCAACUUCACCGUUGCCUGGCAACUAAAAGAUACUCCCAACUUGAGGCUUUAUUCUGAGGAGGAAAGAGCCCCCUGGAUAUAUCAGGACUUCCUUGAGCUCAAUGGAGUUCCACAUCCUGGGAGACUUGCCGUCUACUCAGGCGGAGGUUACAUUGCCGAGUUUGGCACCACUACUGCUGAGGCCUUAGCAACGGCCCAUUUCCUUAGAGAGACAGGAUGGUAUGAUAAACUGACGCGCGCAAUCUUUGUCGAGUUCUCCGUGUACAAUGCCAACAUCAAUUUGUUCAGUGUUGCAACUCUGUUGGCCGAGACAUCGUCGACAGGGGGUGCUUUAGUGACAUCGCACAUCCACACUCUGCGGUUGUAUCAUUAUGAGGGAGCCAUUGCAAUCUUUAACAUCAUCUUCCAGGUUAUUUUUGUGGCUUACCUUCUCUUCUUCAUCAUCAAGUUGAUCUUGCUGAUCAAGAAAGCCGGAUUGAAGGAACUGAAGAACUUCUGGACAGCUCUGGAACUGAUCCUGCUACUGGUAGCCAUAGUCGCGGUUAUCAUGUUCGCUUUUCGUGAAGUCUUCAUCAAACUUGCACUGCAGGAAGUCAAGAACAAAAAACAAGGAAGAUUUGUCAACUUUGGUCACAUUGCCAAAUGGGACGAGCUGUUUGGUUAUCUCUUGGCUUGCCUGUCGUUUCUCUCUCUCAUCCGAUACAUGCAUCUCCUGCGACUCAACGCCCGCAUGUCGCUCCUUGGGAUGACACUACGACACGCCUCUAGGGAUAUCCUCCACUUCCUCAUCAUGUGGAGUCUUGUGUUCUGCGCCUUUGCUCAGCUCUCCUACCUUCUCUUCCAUGGCGUGGUUGAGAUGUUCUCCUCCUUCGUCGCCACGCUUGAGACGCUCUUCUCCAUGCUCCUGGGGAAGUUUGACUUCAAUGCUCUGGUGGAGGCCAAUCGGUGGCUAGGGGGCGCUGUCUUCCUCAUCUACAUCGUGACCAUGUAUCUGAUUCUCACCAACAUGUUCAUCACUAUCAUUGUGGAGGCCUUCAACCACAUGAGACAUCAGGAGGGAUUGAAUGAGGUGAUAGACCCAGAAAUUGUGGAGUACAUCGUGGAGAGAUUUAAAGCAUUCUUUUUGCGUCCCGUUCAAGGAACAAAAGCCACAUCUCAAGUAACCGCCAAAUUAAUGUAUGAAGAUACGAUGGACUUGCUUGAGAAAAGCGUGGAUAAGAUUAUCAACUUUGUGGAGACCAAUUACGGGAAGGUUGAUGUGACAGCCAAUCAGAGCGAAACCCUGGGGUCACCAGCAAGAAGUCUGAGUCGUAUCUCACUUCACUCGGCUACGCGCUCCUCCGAUAAUGGCAGCAAGCCAAACAACAAGAAAGCAUGUAAUCGCGUCAUAUUUGUUGCAUGAAAAAAUGGCAUUGAUUUCUGGCUUCAGAUGAAACGCCCACUGAGU